AUGUAUAAUAAUAAAGAGAAUAAAGAGCACAAACCGACCAAACAAAAUCAAUUGUCAAUAAGCAGCAAGAAGAAGAAACAAGAUCAAAUAUUGUUAGUUAAUAAUAAUGGUGAGAAGAAGAAACAAGAUCAAAUAUUAUUAGAUAGUGGUGAGAAAGUGAAACAAGAUCAAAUAUUGUUAGUUAAUAAUAAUGUGACAAAAAUAAUUGAAAAUUUAAGAGCAAAAAAUCUAAAAGAAAUCAAAAGCAUAUUAUUGAAUGAUGAAAACAAACCAGUAGUUGGGAGUGUUGAAGAUGCAUUGAAAUUUAAAAUGGAAUUUUAUAAUCAUCUAAAUUCAUUUGAAUUGGAAACACUUGACAGAUUAUUAAGAAAUCAUUUGGUGGAAACAUUAGAACCAGAUGGUCAAUUAAAAAAUGUAUUAAGUAUCAUUGAAACUUAUGAUAUUGAAUCACAAAAAUCACAAAAAGAGUUUGAGAAAUUAAAAUAUUUUGAAUUGUUAAAUUCAAAAAAUUAUGAUGAAGCUUAUAAUUAUUUAUAUGAGAAAAUUAGUGAUGUUGAUAGUAGUGGCAUCGAAUAUUUACUAGAUAUUAACAACUAUAUCAAAAAUACUAAUAACUAUAAUCUGAUUAAUAAGAUGAAUGAAUUAAUUAUCAGUAAAGAUAUUGCGAUUAAUGAGGAAAUAAUCAGAUACAUACUAAUGGGAUAUUUUGAAUCGCACAAGUUUGAUGAACCUUUGAAUUUAUGGAAUAAAUUAAGAGAAAUGAAGGUUAUCAAAUUAAAUAGUUUGUUGUACAGUGAAAUGAUUCGAGGAUUUUCAAUGAAGAAUCAUUUGCAACCAGUUGAAAAACUGUGGAAAGAAAUGAAAUCAGAUAAAGUUGAACCAAAUCUUCAAAUUUAUUCCAGCUUGAUGGAAAUUAAUUUUAAAUUGGGAAAAGUUGACAAAGCAAUUGAAAUCUUCAAAGAAUCAAAUAAUUUAAUUAAUAGUGGCGGUGUUAGUGGUGCUGGUGCUGACGGUAAAGAUACUGCUAAUAGUAGUACUACAAGUAGUGGCAAUCAUAGAAUCAUUAGUGAUAGUUAUUUAAUUAACCAGAAACUAAUCAAAGGACUUUUGAUGAAUAGAAAACAGGAAGAAGCACUAAGAGUUUAUAAUUAUUUGAAAGAUAAUCAUUUCGAUAAUAGUAAUCGUAGUGGUGGUAGGAGUAACUAUAACAAUCUUCGUAACAAGAAUAGAAAUAUUAUUAAUUAUAGUUUAAUGAUUAAACGUGACAUUAAAAAUAAUGAUCUUGAGAAAUUAAAUCUCACAUUGAGUGAAAUGAAAUCUGAAAAUAUUUCUUUAACUUUAUAG